UCUGGUUCCGCCAUGGAAUCCAACAAGGAUGAAGCCGAGCGCUGUAUUAGCAUCGCCCUCAAGGCCAUCCAGAGCAACCAGCCUGACCGGGCGCUCCGCUUUCUGGAGAAGGCGCAGCGGCUGUAUCCGACGCCGCGAGUUCGCGCCCUGAUCGAGUCCCUCAACCAGAAACCACAGUCUGCCGGUGACCCUCCCCAACCCACAGACACGACCCACAGGAAAGCAGGUGGGGCCGACGCCCCCUCGGCCAACGGAGAAGCUGGAGGAGGAGAGAGCACCAAAGGCUACACUACAGAGCAAGUAGCAGCAGUGAGAAGGGUCAAGCAGUGUAAAGAUUACUAUGAGAUCCUGGGGGUGAGCAGAGGGGCCUCCGAUGAGGACCUGAAGAAGGCCUACCGCAAGCUGGCCCUCAAGUUCCACCCAGACAAGAACCACGCACCUGGUGCCACUGAAGCUUUCAAAGCCAUUGGCACAGCAUAUGCGGUACUUAGUAACCCAGAGAAAAGGAAGCAGUAUGACCAGUUCGGUGAUGACAAGAGCCAGGCAGCCCGGCACGGCCAUGGGCAUGGGGACUUCCACCGUGGCUUUGAGGCAGACAUCUCCCCCGAGGACCUCUUCAACAUGUUCUUUGGUGGUGGCUUCCCGUCUAGUAAUGUCCACGUCUACAGCAACGGCCGCAUGCGCUAUACCUACCAGCAAAGGCAGGACCGCAGGGAGAACCAGGGUGAUGGCGGGCUGGGGGUAUUUGUUCAACUGAUGCCCAUCCUCAUCCUGAUCCUCGUGUCGGCUCUCAGCCAGCUCAUGGUCUCCAGCCCCCCGUACAGCCUGAGCCCAAGGCCGUCGGUGGGCCAUGUCCACAGGCGAGUCACUGACCACCUGAAUGUCGUCUACUACGUGGCAGACACCUUCUCUAAGGAGUACACAGGCUCCAGUCUCAAAACAGUUGAACGGAACGUGGAAGACGAUUACAUCGCCAACCUCCGGAACAACUGCUGGAAGGAGAAGCAGCAGAAGGAAGGCUUGCUGUACCGGGCCCGCUACUUCGGUGACACAGAUAUGUACCACAAAGCACAGAGGAUGGGCACCCCGAGCUGUAACCGACUGUCAGAGGUGCAGGCCUCCCUGCAUGGAUAGUCCUGGGCCAGCCACGCCACCGAGGUCCAAAUGCCCUAGGGCACGGCUCUGCGUUGUGGCCGCUGGUUUUUCCCAAGUCAGACACCAAGGACUCCAGACGGUUCUUCCUCCAAGAGUCAGCCAGGUGGUGCCCAAGACCCUGGGGGCAGCAGCCAACUCCUGAAGAAAGUCUGGGCCUGUGGGCACCUCUGUCUCCACCAUCCACGGACGUGCUGCCACCCGGCCUUCUGUUGCACUUUGGACAAAGGCUGCACCCGAACCAGAAGGGUUUUCUACUCACCUUGAAGUGAGGAUUUUUCUCACAACAGCAGUUGCUGCCAGGGGAAGGGAGGGAGGUUUUAUUUAUUCCCACAGUUUAUACUGGGCCUUCUGGAAUUAGGCCCCGUUUUUCCCAAAUUUUCCUCUGGCAGUGGGUGUGUCCUGGAGCCUGCCACCUUCCAAAGCCUUACUUCCCCAGGAUGCCAGCCAGGAGGUGAUAACCAUCCUCCCAGAGUUUCUCUUGGCUCUUUUUUUUUUUUUUAAGUCCUGCCCCACCGAAUUCAGAUUCUUGCUGGGAAAGGAAGCUUGGUAAAGAAGUGUCAGGUCUGAUUUUUGGAGGAGAUCCUACCCUGUGACGCGGCAGCCACCCCGGCCCAGAGAGACGAUAAGAACUGGACGUGGGCAAGAGCACCCGCCGGUGGUGGCCCCAGUGCUCCGCCGCCACCACCCUACCAUCUGGUCUUGGUAGACGUCCCCAGGUGGGCUGACCCAUGUGCAAUAAGAACAUAGAUCCUAAAGGAUCCCCUGAGAAGCUGUAUUUCUUGAAUUAGAAUUCUACAAUUGUACAUCUAUAAAUAUAUGUUUAUUAUGUGA